AUGGAGCCGAAGGAGGUGGCCGUGCGGUCGAUUGUGCUGGAGGAUCCCGAGCUGGACUUUGCACCCUUUGCGCCGGUCAAGUCGCAGCUGGUCGUCUUUGACUUUGACUGGUCGCUCGCCGACCAGGACACGGACCGCUGGGUGCACGAGGUGCUCUCGCCGCGCCUGCGCAUCGAGUUUGUGAAGCGCAAGUCCUCGAUGCAGUUUACCGACAUGUGCGCCUACCUGCUCGAGGAGCUGCACCGCGAAGGCCACAGCCGCGCGGAUCUCGAGGACGCGCUGCGCCAGAUGCCCAUCCAUCCGGCAAUGGUGCGCGGUGUGCGCUGGCUGAAGGAGAACAGUGAAACGGACUUUUUCCUGCUAUCGAACUCGAACGAGGUGUACAUCCACACGAUCCUCGAGCACCAAAAACUCCUGGACCCCCCCCUGUUCACCGAGAUCGUGACGAACCCUGCGCAGUUCCGCGACGACGGCCUGCUGGUGCUCCGUCGCCGCAUCGCGCCGGACGCGACGCAGCACACCUGCAAGGUCGGCUGCAGCGCAAACAUGUGCAAAGGCGACGAGCUCGACGCGUUCCGUGCGCGUCACGCGUCGUACGACCGCGUGGUGUAUGUCGGAGACGGCGGCAACGACUACUGCCCCGUUCUGCGCCUGCGCCCUCAGGACGUGGCGCUGGUGCGCCGCCACCGCGGCCUCGCGAAGCGCAUCCUCGAAGAAGGACAGGUACAGUGCCAGGUGCGCUACUGGUCCGGCGCGUGGGAGGCCGAGCAGCUCCUGCGGCACCUCGGUGCUGCACCCUGA